CAUCUGUCAUGUGUUUAUGCGAUAUGUCUGAUUUUUCUACGACAUAUUUUCGAACAAUUAUCGAAUUUCUUGUGCUAGUACGUGAAUAAACGAUCGAUGUGAAAAUGGCGCUAUGUUUGCGCACGUUUUCCCACAAAAUCUCACCUAUAAACGGUAUUGUUUCCACAAAAAAUCAUUCCAGCCGAUUGUCUAGAAAAAUCCCCGUGCGGGCACAAUUUCUGGAAGAUUUCCUUCAUCGCCGGCGCAUCUCGAGCUGUCCAGUGCCGUCAAGAUGUGCCGUAGACUCGAACAUAGACAAUGUUUACAUUCACGAACUGACCACGGCGGCUUCACUUCGAGGUUACCGCAAGGAGCGGCCCGACCGGGACGUGUACAACCCACUGAGCUGCUAUAAAGACGGCAUAGCUGUGAGGUCUUUGGGGCUGACGUCGGACGACUAUGUGGAGAAGACCUUACCUUUUGAGUUGAAUGACACAUAUAAUAGUAUUAGAAAUAUAGAUUUAUCCAAAUUUGAAGAUAUAGAGUCACUGCAACCGACUUGCCUCUCCGCCUUCGAGUACAAUGCCGUGUACAGCACAGGCGGCACCCCAGCACCCGCACCCUCCGAACAAGACAGAGAAGGGAAGCCCAGUGAGGAGCAGCUCGCCAAGGUGUUCCAUGUGCUCUCAGAGACUAUGCCCAAGCUGUUCAUCAAACCUCUGGACUACUCCAUAUACCAUCCCAAUCUGAUUUUUGUCAACAACAUCAGAGGAAUGACCACUGUCGGUCUAAUACAUUAUGUGAAACAAAUCGCGCUGCUUCGCACCGUGGGGCAUCUCAAGUUCGCGUACGUGCGCUUCGAAGUGAUGAAGAUCACCCAGCAUCCGGAGGACUCUAGUGUCAAGAUGAGAUGGCGGGUGCGCGGCAUCUCCGGGUUCAAAGUGUUCUUCAUGUUCUGGAAGUACAAGCUGUGGAAUAUGAAGGAGGCCUUCGCUGAUCAGGAGCUAUGGUAUGACGGUUUCUCCACAUUCUACGUCGGAGGCGACGGGCUCAUCCAGAAACACGUUGCUGAUAAGGUAAUGCCAGACCAGGACACGAUAAUAGAUGACGAAGAGAAAGCGCCAAUAGCAGCCAAGAUCGCCCUCCUCAUAGGCCUCAUACCACGCAACUACCUAUCAGACGUAUCCCCAUACUUCACGGCGUCACCGGGCACUGAUGAACUCACUGCGCUGCCUUUCAAGACGGUCGAGUAAUGAAUAUAAAUUGCUAGUUUAUCAAAGUAGGCAAAUUAAGCUACAUUUCAAAAUAUUAGAGUAGAUUGUGCUGGCCAUUUUAACCCUUAAGUCCAUAGCGGCAACAUACUUGUCUACAAUUAACUAUAAGAAAUCGAAUAACUAAAAGGAAUGUCAAAUGGUUUAAGGGUUAAACCGAAUUACUUUGGCCCAUUCGAGAAGUAUCAACUAGCAUUUUAAAAGAGUUGGUUAGAUUUUGCAAGCCAAUUUUUGAAAUACAGAUGUUGUGCAUAAUUGUUUUCCAUCGUAUUUUUUCGGAAACUUUCGUAUUGUCAUGCUACUUCAGUCAAUCUCAGUACUCUUUGUACCGACUUACCGAGACAGACUGAAAUAGCAAGACACGUUCGUACGUUUCCGUGAAAAUACGAUGGAAAAUAAUUGUGCAAGUCAUCUGUAGCUGCUAACAUUUUAAAACAACAUAGUGGGCUGCCGGGUAAAUGUGGCAGGCCUUCACAUUGGGACAUUGGGGCCUGUUUACACAUUGAUUAUAGUGUAAACAACUUUAUUUACGGUAUUUGACACAUUAUGACUGACGUAUAUAGAGAUGUAACUAACGCAAAUCGAUUGUCACAGCAAGCGAUUACGAUUGGAUGGCACAUAGACUGAGGUAUCGAAUUGUGACGUAUAAUGAUUUUUUAUUUGAGAUUUAAAUAAAGCUAAAAUUAUAUGUUUUUCCCGCAAGGUAAAUGCAUUUAAUACAUCGACCUAGUAGGUCGCACCUAUCGUCAAAAUUGAAACUAUCGGAAUAUCCAUUUCCUCAUCAAUAAUCAAAUAUACCUAAUAAAUAAAUAAUCAUUUCGAAUAACAAUUAAUCCCACGUUGUAGUAUUAUGUAAUCUUGUGUGGUAUAAUAAGCUUUAGUCGGGCCUGUCAGUUAGAACAAAAUUUUGACAGUUCCUAACAACUGACAGGCCGAUACCGUCCUGCGGAUUGUUAAUCAGUGGGCCCCUGAAAUAAGUUUGCGCUUUACAUAAUUCUUAAAUUUAUUAAUAGAUAAUUCGGAUAAGGGAGAGAGGAGGCUUUUGCCCAGUAGUGGGACAGACACAUAUGAAAUGAAAUGAAAUGAAAUAUUUUUAUUUCGAACAAAACAAACAAACAGAACAAAACAUUUAUAGCUUUCUAUAAUAUAACUACGACGAACUGCACCAAUACAAAAACUUUACUUUCAAACGUCAAUACCGGAUCGUUCAGAAAUCGAUACACUAUCUAUUUAUAGUAAAUAUAAUAAAUUUAAUAAUGCUUUGUUGCGACCUAAAAUGAAAUAUUCAUAUCGAUUUACUUAGACGACUACCGAUUCAUAACGGUGGUGUCCGGACAACACUAAAAUUAAAAAAAAAAAGACGUAGAACGUAAACGUUCGCAGUGCAGUUGUUUUCCUUUGUGAUUUCAAUGUGCAAGACAUUUUACGUAGUGUUGCUGUAGUGAGUGACAGACGUCAAAUACCGUAAAUAACGUUGUUUACACUAUAGUGUUUUGAACAAUGUUUGACAAACUUUUGAACUCGCACUGAACACUAAUCAAUGUGUAAACGCCAGUUACACUUAACCCGCAGCCAUACAUACCUGUCUCAGUUCUCAACACAUCAAAUGGCAGAGUAGAUUUUUUUGGUCGAAUAACAGCACAGUAGAGCAAGGGUCCAUUUCUGAAAUGGCAUUUCCAAACAGCAUAGUAUUAUUUGUGCCCAUUUUUGAAUUUCACUGGCUUUAAAAUAUAUAAGGGGCUGUCCAUAAAUUACGUCAUCGUUUUUUGACGAUGUUGCCCCCCCCCCCCCCCCCCCUGAAAUCAUCCAAAAAUCAUGCUUCGAAUGACCCCGUUUUCUCCUACGUCAUGCUACCAUCAUCCGAUGUCCAGACCGCCCCCCCCCCCCCCUAAUUUGAAAUGACGUAAUUUAUGAAUAGCCCCUAAGAUACUGGCUUGAAGUAAACUGUGCCGCUAAAUGUGUCACGUUCGUAUUUUUAUGUAUAAAUACUGUUGUUAAAAGCUUGUUUUAUUGUUUAAAUUAAAGUGACUCUUAUCGAGUUUGAUUUAAAGCCUAACUUUAAUACGAUUCUAAGUGACUUGACUAUUUGUUAUUCGGUUUAUAAAUAAUAUUACGAACAAAAUAUCUCAUUGUAUAAUAUAUCUACUUACGUGCAAAUUGGCAAACCAACAAGUAUUUGUGGUAGAUAUUCUUAAUUAAUAACUGUAAAUCAAUUGUAGCUAUCUAAAUCACACUAUCAAUAUUUCUAAUAUACUGUUUUUUAUUUAUUUAUUAGAACAACUGGUUGUUUUAAUGAUACUCUGACAUUUACCCUUAUUAAGUUAAUUGGAAUAUUUGAAAAUUGUUUUUUAUUACUUAAUAUUUAUAUUAUUUACUCAAAAUUUACAUACUAUACUACAGUCUGAAAAAAAGAGUAGAAAUUUAAAAAUUGGCAACACUUUUUAAUUUCUGACUUUACCUACAUAGUUGAAUAUCAUCAACGCGUCUCAAAAGUUUUAUCUUAAAUUAUGCGAAUAAACGUUAUAUCACUACAGUCGUUAUAGGUAUCAAAUAAAUGCAUAAUUAUAGAUUUUUUACGCUACAAGUACCAAAUCUUGAUACAAAGCGCGAAAUAUAUACGUUUUGCUCUACCCUCGAUAAAUCUACACUAUUAUUUCUUCUGUGACAGGGUGCAGUUAUAAUGUACAAUGAUAUCGAUAUCAGGCUUGCUCUCUCUAACACAUAACUGAUCGUUAACAUGUUGAGGUUGGCCCAAUAUGUACAUUGGGCUUUAGAAAUUAUAGAUGUUAUUAUUCGCGUACAUAAAUCCUAUAAAUUUACAGAUAUUCCACUCAAAAUUAUAUGUAUAAUGUAGCGUGUCCGCCAUUUAGGAAAAAUAUAUUGAGUAUGUACGGUUAACAAAAAUGCUAAACAUAGAUUGUGCAUUGUCUUUUUGACUAGUUUAACUACGCCUUUAAGGGCAUUAGCUUAAGUUUGAAAAUUAUUAUGAAACGUUUCUAAAGUAUUUUUGUAGAUAACUGUUCAUACUUAGAUACAUUUUUGCUUACGGCGUUAGUGAUAGUAACUAAACUGUGAAUGCCUUGUAUUAUUAAUGAAGAGAUGUGGUACAAUAAACUAUUGCGUCAUUA